UUCUCCUUACAUGACCGACGCACUGACUUUCUUUGCGGCCAUGUUCUUUGCCUCGCAAAUAUAUAAGAGUGAACACCACGAAUUGUUCUUGAGUCCUCAACUCACCUCAUAUUGUUCAUUAUGGAACUGUCUGCUAUGAAUCGUAACCCAUUAGGGGCUCCAGCCUCUUCUGGCUGCUCAACAGCAUCUCUGCUCUCGUCCCUGAGAAACUAUCAUCACAUCCAGGUCGAUAAGCAUUUUCGCCGUCGAGAAAAGACCCCUGCGAUCCCUGCAUCCCCCGAGCCCAGCAUGCCGAUACCGCAGUCCAUAAGUGUCGGUAUCGAGUUGGAGUUUAUGGUUGCACUGCAGAUCCCAAACUCCGACGCCGUGACUGGUGAGGCUCGAUGGGCCUGUCCUACAACGCCGGAAGCUUUCCUAGGCCUCGUGAUGGGAGACUACAAAGACAUCGAGCCGUCUUGUAUUCACAAGGUAUGCGAAUUGAUCGCCAACAGCGGGGUCUCCGUCUCGUGUAGCCUCAUACCUCCUUCGCCUAUCAGCCCUGCCCAGAUACCUGGCACUGCAAUUCUUCCGCUCACAGAUAAUAGCGGAGACAUUCGAGCUUGGAAUAAUGAGUCUGUUAGUGGACCAGUGUCCAAGACUGAUUUUUGGUUCAUUGUUCCAGAGCGUCACAUCACCAGAGACUGCGUUAGUAAGUCCGGAAUGACACCUUCAAACAAGUACGACUGGUAUGGAACUGAACUCAACAGCCCUAUUCUCACUCGGCCUGAAGAGUUCAGUCAGGGGCUACCUACCCUAAGAAAGUGCCUUGCGGCAGUGCAGGGCGGCAUGGUAGUUGGACUCAAUUCUGGCUGUGGACUACACCUUCACGUCAACGACGCCGGCAGCAUGCAGCUAGAGACUGCGCUGCGCCUUGCAUCUUUAGUCUGGCUGCUGGAAGAUACUCUGCUGUACCCUCUGUGCCAUCCCUUCCGCUCGACUUCUCCUUACUCGGCGCGUAUCAGCGUUGAAUCUCGAAUCGCCAUGGAAAGGGGUGAACCAACAGUGUACGGCGAGGGCGCAGCUCUUGUUGAAGCACUCGGAGAGGUCAUGCGACAGCUCCACUGGCGCAAGAAAGUUGACAGAGGUCUGCUGGGAUCUAUGAAACGCCUGUGGUCGGAAACGAGCCUGGCUAGCUUGGGCAUCGCACUCCGAAAAUUCGAUGAAGGAUCCCUUCACACAACCACCCGCUGUGCACUGGUUGUGUCCAAGUACGACACUAUCGAGUUCCGGUACCCCGAGUCCACGUUUGACGUCGACUUUAUUGCCGGCUGGGCUGACUUGGUGCGACAUUUGUACGCGGUUGCGAUGAGACCUCAGGUGGGAUUUCAUCAAAUCCUCUGUCGUGUAUAUGAACUUGUGACCCGUGAUCAGAUGCCUGGAUGGUCAGCCAUGUUGGGGGCGAUUGGCUUCCAGGGCGAUGCCAGUCGCUGGCAGCGACAUAUCAAUGAGUACGGUGAUACUCUGAGCAACCUUGACAAGCAGGGUAUCCUUCAAAAUAUUGGGCAGUAAAUGGGGCGUUUUAAACGAAUAUUCUUGCAGAACCGGAGCAUGAUGGUCUUUGGGUGUAUGGUAAUUGGUCGGUGGGAUAGACUGGUUGAUUUGAUCGCGACUUGGCUAAAGGAGAAAAGCAAAAUCCUACACUGGCUUGGUCAAAAGGACGGAGCAUGGAGUCUGGAGUCUGGAUUGGGGAAAAGGGAAACCUGCAGAUUUGGCUAUCUGGGUAAAUCGAUUGAAAUUGACUUUAUAGAAAACGAC